CGUGACUGAGAUAAACAAGACUCACCAUGGUUGCCGCCGAUUUUUGCCCACCGAUCUCCAAGCAAGGUUGUCAUUUCCGCAAACCCUCCUUCUACACAUCAUUCCUAUCCAAUCUUCUGUAGAAUGCUCGACAAUGAUGCCCUAAUACGCCUCUCUGUGCUCAUUGCACUGAUUGUUGGUUUUCAAGUGUUGGUUUCACAUGCUUCACUGGAGAGAGAGGCAAAACGACGAUGGCAGCAUGCCUUGACUGGCCACAUUAUAGUGCAAGCCUCCUACAUUAUUCCGAUGAGUUAUGGCAAUGCAGGUCUAUGGAUUGGAGCUGUGGGAAUGGCAUACAUUCGGUUUUAUCAUCCCGACAAGUUCAUGGAAGCAUUUGGUCCACUCUUGCGACCAGAGGAGCUGGAAGCCAGCAAACUACCGGGUGCAUUCUAUUUUCUUAUUGGGUCGUCCCUCACGGCCACAAUUUUCGAUCUGCCAAUUGCUCGGUAUGCUGUGGAAUGUCUAGCAAUAGCAGACCCAAUGGCUGCCUUUGUGGGGAAAUCAGUACCGUCACCAAAACUGAAUCAGAGUGCUUCCGUGGCAGGUUGCUUUGCUUGUUUUAUCACGUCAUUGAUCGUGGGAUACCUGAUGAUAGAAGAUGCAUCCUUGUUCCAACUAUCCAUGGGUGCCCUUGGUUGCACUCUGGCAGAGGCAAUGCCAUUUGGGAAUGACAACUUGACAAUUCCCUUAAUGACAGCUGUGGCUGUGACAUGUGUUUCGAAUUCAUAAUGACAAUUUGCUGUCUGCUCAUGUACCAUUCAUGCUGCUGUUUUGAACCCUCUACACUGCUUCUGAGUCAAUGAAUGUGAAUUAUUGUGAACGGAUCCAGCAAUCGUUUGAUUCUGCCGACCACAUUAUGGUUCACGAGGUCAGGUACUUGGCAAUUUAGUCUCCAAAGAACUACGAUCUUGACUGCCUGCAGCAUGAAUAUUCUCUGCCAAUAAAAGAGAACUAGCUACUACUGGUACGUUGGGAACUGCAAAUCAACAACGAUUACAGCUUGUAUCACAACAACCACAGCAAAAUAAUUCCCGGUGCUCCUCCGUGCGGACCAGUUACCUUGUUGCACGAAAUCCCGCCGAGAGGAGUACCGGCACAGAUAUUUAAAAAAUUCAAAGGCUGUACUCAGAGUGCUAGUAGCAAGAACCGAGGCUCAAGUACCUGGAACUGCUGCUAUUACAUGUAUUGUCUAGCUAGCUAUGCAUACAUGUAGC